AUUGAAGUCAUGGCUGCAGCAUGAGAUAGGCGCGCGCAAGAUGGACCUGCGCCCGUAGCCUCAUACCUCACGAUGAUAUGGGCACAUGUGCAGAAGGGGAGCAUUGCUACCAACUACACCCCGGAUAUGAUCCAGCUGGAUGACUUCUCCAGCCCGGAGAAGAGGCAGCGUGAGGCCUCACCGACGCCGCGCUUGCCCACGCCGCGGAGAUCGGUGACGUCGCCGCGGCCGAAGCAGCAUGCAAUCUCACCGGCGCGCUUGGGGCAUAGCAUCCUCAUCGACAAGACCGGGAUGGCCGAGACGGUGGGCACAAGGCCUGGGCGCAGCACCCCCAGCAGAAGCACCCCUCGUGCCGAAGGGCCGGGCUGGUGGAGCUUCACCGCCGCGGGCUUCGUCUCGGGCGAGCGCCCGACGACCACGCCCGGGGCGGCCAGGCACCACCGGAUCUCCACGCCGAGGACAGACCGGCGCGACAGAGGCUCGGGGCAUGCAACAGUCGGGGAAGCAGCUCUGCGCUCAACGGAGGGCUUGGGCUGCACCAUCCGGCCAGAUGACAAGAGCCUGAAUGGCCGUGUCCAUCGAGCGCUGCAGACCCAUGCGGCCUUGCAGACGCAGGCCUUUGUGAAGUCUUACAUCGCCCUCACGUCAGAGAAGAGGGCCAAGAGCAAAGAUAUCGCCCAACCUGCUGAUGGCAAGGAUGGUAGCCACAUCAUGCGCAUCGUGGCGCAGGUGCCGGGCAAGGCCCAGAUGAAGCUGGCCCAGACCCUUGAGCGCCUCUCAGUGCCCCACGAGCGCCGUGCGCAGCAGCGCGGCGCCGCGCAGAGCGCGCGCCCGGAGCUGCCGCCGGAAACGCCCUUGCUGGCGCAGACGAUUCGGCGCGUCGUUGCGGGCGAUGGCUACCACGAAUACGAGGGGGACAGCCGGCUGCCGGCGGAUCGCCAGUCCACCUACGUCAUGGAUGAGCUCACUGCACGGGAGCUCACGAGCUAUGAGCAGCGCAGCAUUUUGGGAGUCUUCCGAGAGAUGGUGAAGAACUCCGGGCCUUCGGAGCGACUAGACCCACAGCGGGCAAAGGGAGACGGCCGCGAAGCGGCCAAGCCCGAGGAGGAUGCAGUGAGGGCCAGCUCCGGCGCCAUGAUCUCUUGGGCUGAGGUGGCGAAGAGUCUGCGCGGGCGUCUCUCCAAUGCGCACAUUCAGCGGCUGGGGGUCUACUUCGGCCUGAAGGGCUUGAAAGGCAAGAUCAGGUACAAGCUCUAUGAGGAGCGAGUCGGCCUCAUGGUGAGCGCGAGCCCGGACCGGCGGCUCCGCAUCGCCUUCGGCUUGCUGGACGUUGGGGGCGAUGGGGUCAUCGGGCGCCGGGACGUCUUCGCGGCUUUGGCCUCGACCAAAGUGGAGGAUACUGGCUUGACGGAGCCCGUCUUGGCGGUCUUCACGGCGCAAGGCGCCUAUGGAAUCCAUUUCGCUGAUUCCGACACGCCGCUGCUGCUGGUGCUGGGUGUAGUGGCCGAGAGCCCGGCGGAGAAGCAGGGCGUGCGCCCUGGCCAACGCCUGGCGAAGAUCAACGGCAUGAGCGUGGAGAGGCUGACCUUGCCGGAGGUGAGGAGCCUCCUUAUGAACCCGGCGCGGCCACUGUCCAUGACCUUUCACAUGCGACAGGAGCAGGCAGAUGCCCAGAUGGGCAUCCCUGCGGGGAUCUUCGCGCAAAAGGACCUGAAGCGGCUCCUGGCGGCCCUUCGCAUGGACUUCGUGACGCGCAGGGUGCGGAUCCUCGUGAGCUCCGCCAAGAAUCUGAAGAGCAAUGAGCAGCACUUGGGCAAGUUUGAUCCCUACUGCCAGGUGGAGGUGGAAGGGAAGCCCCGGACCAAGUGGCAGACCAAAGCACUGCCUGAGAGCCUGGAUCCAGAGUGGAAAGAGGAGAGAGAGAUCGCAGACUUCGCACCGGGCGAGACCCUGAAGUUCACGGUCAGAGACAAGGACUUUGGCACCAAGGAGGAUGACAUCCUAGGCGUUGCCACCCUACCCAGCGCUCGUUUCGUGCCCGCCGGGUUCGAAGGUGACUUGCAACUCUUCCAGGAUGAGAACAUGAAACAAAAAUGCAGCUCCAUGCUUAGAGUGCGGGUGCACUUGAGCGGAGAGGGUGGCAUUGGGCUCUCGGACUUUGAGAAGGUCUUCCACGAUGGCGAGCCGGUCUUUCUCAAGCAGCUGCAGGAAGUGCUGACAGGCUGCGUGCAAGAGCGGAAGAAGAACCUCAUCGAGCCGGUGAAGCUGAAGGUGUUCCUGCUGAGCGCCACGGGACUCCGCAACGGCGAGACGGGCGCUGUGAAGGCGGACGCUUAUUGCACUUGCGAAAUCCACAACCGCGCCAAGUACGAGCGCCUCCGCACCAAAGUCGUGCAAGAUUCUCUGGAUCCGGUCUGGAAUGAGAAGCGGGAGAUUCUCGACUAUUUGCCGGGCGAGGCGCUGCGCCUGGCAGUGUGGGACAGCGACGGACGUGGGGGUACGGACGAGCCUUUGGGCAGCUGCGUCCUGGCCUCGGAGCGGUUUUGGCCCGCUGGCUUCGAUGGGCAAGUGCAGCUCACCGAGGAGCAGACGCGAAGAGAGAAGAAGUCCACCGUGACGCUGAGACUUCGAGUGACGACGCCGGAGAGCCACCAGCCGCACCAGUUCGCCUCCAGAGGCCCGGAGCCGAGCUCCCAGGCCUUCGAGAAGUUCGAGGCAGACAUGAAGGAGCUGCGUGCACGGAUGCCAUUCUUGAAGGAGGCCGACUUCGCAUGGCACACCCGUGUCUUCGAAGCCUUGCGAGACGAGGACUGGCUCAUCCAGCGAGCUCGCCUGGUGGCUUCUGCGGACAAGAUCUUUGGGAUUCCGGUGGGCCACAUCGCAGGACGCCUCUUUGAGGCCGUCUCGCCCAAGAAUCAGCCAGUAGGAGUUUUGGACUGGGCUCAGUUCCUGGAGCGGCACCGUAGCAAGACCUGGGACGCGCAGCAGGAGCGCAUUCACCUCACCUUCUCGCUCUACGACCUGGAUGGCGAUGGCACGCUCUCGCUGGCAGAUGCGAUUUCUCUCUCCUCAGAGGUGGUGCGACUGGAGUUGAUCUACGGUCAGGAGAGCGCCUCUAUGCCAGUCUGCGAGGAGAUGCGCUGGCUCUACGGGCUCAUCGCCAACGCCGCCGAUGGUGGCGCCUAUGGAGGAAGACUAGACCUACAGGUCUUCAAACAGCUGCGCCCGGAGCCUGCCCUCAUGCAGGUGAUGCUGAAGUGCUUGGAUGGCUUGGCUGAGAAGAAGGCGUGAGGAGUCUUGUUCGCGCGCGGCCCGGUGAACAUCGAGAACAGCGCCUGACGCCAUCCGCACUUACGUUCAAGUCCGCGCCCUCCCUGCCCGGUUUGGUUGUGCUC